UCAGGUUCGCGCCUAUAAUCCCAAAACUGGCAUGGAAGCUCUUAUCGUCACGCCCGUGUCCAAGGCUUCGGCACUCCAGCGCGCAGGCCGUGCAGGUCGAGUCCGUCCAGGCAAAUCGUUUCGAUUAUACACGGAAGAAACAUACAACUCUCUCCGAAACACAAGCAUUCCUGAAAUCCAGCGUAGUAAUCUAGCGCCGGUGAUCCUUCAGCUCAAGGCUUUGGGGAUUGAUAACGUACUGCGAUUCGAUUUCCUCACACCGCCACCAGCAGCACUCAUGGUUCGCGCAUUGGAGCUCCUUUAUUCAUUGAAAGCAUUGGACGAUGUCGGUCGACUGACCCUACCGCUGGGAAUGCAACUGGCCGAAUUCCCUGUGGAUCCCAUGCUGGGUAAAAUUUUACUGGCCUCGGGUGAAUUCAAAUGCAGUGAAGAAAUUGUUACUAUUGCGGCCAUGUUAUCCGUACAGAAUGUUUUUAUUCAUCCACCGCGCGCAUCCAAAGACGUGGUGGCUGAAGCGCGAAGAAAGUUCUGGGUUGAAGAAGGUGAUCAUCUCACUUUACUUAAUGUAUAUAAUGCGUUCGUCAAUAAGGGUAACAAGUCCGGUAAAUGGUGCCAUGAACGAUUCCUCAAUUUCAAGGCGUUAUCGCGCGCUAUCAGUAUUCGACUGCAGCUGAUCAAGUACCUCAAGCGGUUUGAUAUCAAAUUGGUGAGCGCGACGGCCCAGUAUCCGAAAACACCAGAAGGCCGAUUGCAAGCGAGUGAACAGAUCCGAAAGUGCUUGACCAGUGGUUAUUUCUCACAAGCGGCCCGCGCUGAACCGGAUGGCAGCGGACGUUUCCGUACGAUUCGUGACAAUGUGCUGCUCAGCAUUCAUCCUGACUCCGUAUUAUUCAAUCGAAAUCCGCAGUGUGUGGUAUUCCACGAAGUCGUGGAAACAAAACAAGCCUACAUGCGUGAUCUGUGCGUGAUUGAACCCGAAUGGUUGGCCGAGCUGGCUCCUCACUUUUACGAAUAUAAAUCAACCACAAGAACAUAGCAACCCUGUCUCAUCACCCUGUAUCCAUAGAUCAAAAUAAAUGAAAAAACCGUCAGCUCUCUCCCCAGUUUAUUUGCUGCUAUUUGAUUACAGCGAACUAUCUUGUCUUGUAGCAGGUCUAC